GGCUGCUUCUGUUUGGUGCUGGACGUUCUGCCUUGUCUUUCAUCUUUCUUUCUUUUUUCUCCUUUUCUCUCUUCAUCGUGUCACUUUAUCGUUCUCAGCCAUCAUAAACAGCUCAGUGAAAUAUUGAUGCAGGAACAGCUCUCUCUCUCUGUCUCUGUCUCUCUGUCUCUCUCUCUCUCCCUCUCUCUCUCUCUCUCUCUCUCCCUCUCUCUCUCCCUCUCUCUCUAAUGCCACACUCACUCUGGGGGUCUCGGCACCCUCUUUACAACACAAACCACGGAAGACUCAAGUGCCAUGGAGACGCCUGGUUCCCAUCACCACCAGUGUAAAGACGUCUGAACCGUUUCACACCAAACCCUCUGAACCUCUGAUUACACCAUAAACACUGGAUUAUUGAGAGGUGGAGCUGCCCACUCCAGAAGGCGACCGGUUUGGUGGGGGUUCGGACGGACCCCCCGUUUACAUGCAGCUGUGGUUCAUGGUGGUGAUGGCCGGCGUGGCUCUGCUGCUGCUGGCUGUUUUUGUGGCCGUGGGUCUGCACAGGGCUCUCAGCCGGCCCCCGUUCACUCGGGAGAGACCCCCAAUUGUCCCCCUGCACCUACAGCACAGGAGCCCCAGGGCAGUGUACCCCCCCAGCAACUCCUACCUGUUUGAUACGGUGCCAGACACGACCAGCUCACCCAACAGCGUCACUCUGAAAGGCUUCACCAUGCACCUGGAGGAGGUGAUGGACACUAAGGUACUGGACAGCGAUGCUGUACCUGAGGGCCAUAUGGGCGUCGUUACGGUGUCGACGGUCCACAUGUCCGCCCACAGCCUUUCCCCAAAUCCCCUGCGGAGGAGCGUGAGCCAGUUGAUUGACAGGAAGGCGGGGGAGGGGGAGGACGAGGGUGCGUGGGACCCCCACUUCAGAGCCCACGACAGCGGCAUGUUUGAUGAGGAGUUUGUGGACACUAUUAAAGGCUUCAGCACGGUGAGGAAAGAACACACCAUGUUCACCGACACCAACCUGUGACCUGUGGUACGGAUGACCUCUGACCUCUCGCCCCCCGAGAGCCUGUCAUCUUUUCAGGGUGGAAUGAUGGAGGCAGUCGGUGGUGGAAUAAGAGGGAAAAAGAAAGAGAGAGAGAGAG